AAAUAUAUUCGCGAUCCGAGGCCAGAAACCUCUAAAUUUGCAAUUAUGCCCACAGGACAGGUAGUAAACAAACCAGACGCUGACAACGGCGUGCGGAAGAGUAACCGGGUGUCAACAUCCAAGGGAGCCAAAGACAAGUCUAAAUCAACGGGAGGAUCAUUUACCACUCCAUGGACAGAUGAGCCAUGGACAUGCAACAUUUGCAAUAACCUAUAUGAGGAUCAGGACUCAAAACUGCUGGAAUGCCAGCGCUGCGAAGGCCGCUUCUGUACUAAAUGCCUGGAUAAGGGAGAUAAUGAGUACACCGUGUUGUCAAAGUCGAAUGCAAUGUGGUUCUGCGCUCCAUGCCGCGUACACAUUGAGAAAAAUAUCAACAACGAUAAGAUGAUAGAGCAGAAAUGCAAGGAAAUAAUGAACGAGUUUGAAGAGAGGAUCACAACAAUCGAGGAAGCUCUGAAAAAUAAAUGUGACGAGCGAAAAGUCAGGGACAUUAUAAAAGAGGAGCUGGCUUCAGGAACAAAAGGAGAUACACCACAGGAAUCAACAACAACACAGCAAAAGGCAACAUCCAACACGCAGGAAGUUCUCACGGAACUAGAGGACAGAAAGAAGAGGGAAAAUAACAUUCUAGUCUUUGGAGUAAAAGAACAAACUAACAAUGAUGGAAGUGAGAGGAAAAAAGAAGAUGAGAAAAUUAUACAGGACAUGUUGUCCGCAUGCAAGCUAACCAAGGAAUUACUUGAUGGCAUUACAAAAGUGGCACGAUUGGGAAAAUUUAAGAAGCCAAAGGAGGAGUCAACAGAGUCAACAGAACCAGCAGGUAUAAGGCCGAUACUAGUCUCAUUCGGAACAACAGAUCACAAAAAAUGUUUCUUCAGAAACAUAAGUGAACUGCAAAAGCAUGACAAGUAUAAAUCAAAUAAGAUAAGCAACGACCUCACGAAAAAUGAAAGGGAAAAAGAGGCAUCACUUAGAGAGGAGGCAAAGCGAAUGAGUCAGGAACAAUCGCAGUCGGGGAAAUAUGUCUUCCGUGUAAGGGGCCCACCCUGGAACAGAAAAAUCGUACGGCAAACAAAGAAAGAAAAUUAG